AUAAUUUCAUGCACCGGGAACCCAAACAACUUUUAAUAAUGCAACUGUCUCCAUCUUAGCCUCGGCAUCUGCUAUUAGCUAACGGAUUGUUAUCGUUUUGAAUUAAUCUCACGGCGAAAAUGCAAAGGGUAUUAUUGGGUAUUAUCCUUUGCGUAUUUACAGGUUGUUGGAUAACGAACGUAUCGCACGUGGCCGGAACACUUUCGAAAAAAGACAAGAAAAGUAAGAAAGGCUCCGAGGCGAGCAGAGCGGGACGUCCAAAUACUAAUGUCACAGCUAGAGGAUUAGUAGUGGAAAAUCCCAAAACAAGAGAUAUCAUCAAAUUCCACAGCUCAUAUUACAAAAAUGUCUCAGAAAUAAACUUUAGUGGAGAUGUCCUGGUAUACGUCACACCGUGGAAUUCUCAUGGGUAUGACGUAGCAAAAAUAUUUAGCCCCAAAUUUACUUAUGUGUCACCAGUUUGGCUACAAGUCAAGAGAAGGAAAACUGGCACCUUUGUUGUUGAAGGAGGCCAUGACAUUGAUCAAGGUUGGAUUUCAGAUGUUAAAAAAGGAGGAAAUCAUGUAAAGAUAGGGAAAUCAUUUUGAUGGUCUUACACUAGAGGUGUGGAGUCAGUAUACUGGUGACACAAAAGAGGACUUGUAUCUUUUGGUCAGUAAAAUGGCUGACUCUCUUCACAAAGAAAAGCUCAAGAUAAUUUUGGUCAUUCCUCCUCCUUUCUAUGCCGGCAAGAAGCCAGGAUCGUUUGACAAAAAUGACUUAGAAUUAUUAGCACCAGUCCUGGAUGGCUUCAGUUUGAUGACUUAUGAUUAUUCCUCUCAAGGGAGACCGGGUCCCAAUGCCCCUUUGCAGUGGAUGAAGGAUUGUGUCCUAACGUUGAGUCCGGAAAAAGGGAAGCAUCGGUCAAAAAUUCUCAUGGGCCUCAAUUUCUACGGCCAGGAAUUCGCUGCAACAGGAAGUGGACCUAUCUUAGGAUCAAGAUACAUUGAAGUGUUAACAAAACACAAAACGGAAAAACUUAACUGGGAGGAGGGUGUGGCAGAGCAUUCUUUUGCUUUCGCUGCUGCUGGAACCCAACAUUCUAUGUUUUACCCAACGCUUAAG